GCUGCGGAGAAAGGACAGAGAAAGUUCCGGCGGUCACGGGACCAGGGACGGGGCGCCGGGAUCCCCACGGGCGGUCCCCCAGCCUGGGGGCGGUGCCCGAGCCGGGGCGCGGCUUCCGGGGCGCAUAAAAGGCGGGGAGCGCCCGGGCCGGCAGUCCGCCCUCGCCGUGCUCGCUGCCCGCCGGCCAUGAGCUCGCGCCCCGACGUCGCCGCCGACCCCGAGGCCGCCUGGCCGCCCGCGCCCCGCUCCGGCCCCCGCCGCCUGCCCUGCGGGGUCCCCGGCACCCCGGCUGCGCUGCUGGCCACGCUCGUGCUGGGCGCGGCGGUCGGGGGGCUGCUGACCUGGGCGCUGCUGGCUCGGCCCGGCCUGGGGGGCGCGGGGGGCCCCCCCAGCACCCGGACGGGCUCCUCCGAGGAGCCGCCAGAGCCGGGACUGACAGCCAGGUUGUUGGCGCAGAACGCGAUCCUGAAAAACGGGACCCUGAGCUGGCACAGCGAACACGGGAUGGCAGGCGUGCACCUGUCCCCUGGCGUGACCUACGACGAGCCCAGGCGAGAGCUGGUGGUGGCGAAGGCCGGAUUCUACAAGGUCUGCUUACACCUGCAGCUGACACAUGUGCUGCCAGCUGCCCGGAUCUCCGGCAAAGUCUCAAUGGCCCUGCACUUGGAGCCGCCACAGACUGGGGCCAGCGUCCAAGCUCCGGCCGUGGACCUGACGCCCCAGUCCUCCGUCUCAGCGCAAGCUUCCCACUGCCACCUACUGCAGGUGCCCAAGGACCAGCGACUCAGUGUCCACCUCGGCGUCUACCUGUCCGCUCAGUGGGGUGAGCACCAGGUCUGGCAGCUGGCCCAGUCUCCCCCUGCCACCAAGUUAGAACUCUUCCGAGUGGCCGCUGAAGUCCCAGACUGACUCCCCGUGAUGCCCGUCACGGGUACUGCCCACCUGCACACGGGUGCCUCCUGUUCUUCUUUGCUUGUGCCCGUGGUGCUAGGACAGGGCGCUCUACCUCAUGAGCCGGGCAGGGGUCCAGCGGUGCUGACCUCUCCUCCCCAGGACUCUGCCCACUCCCAAGUAUUUAUUCUGGGCCCGUGCUCAGAAAGCACACUUUAUAUGGAUACUUUGUAAUGCACUGCUAUUUAUUGAGCACUUACGGUGUGCCAGUCAGGUGCUAGAGAACCACUGGAAAAACAUGGAUCCCAAAUAGAAGGUUUUAUUUAUGUUAAUAUAUAUGAGAACUAUAUGCCCCUACCCCAUGGUGCAUCUAGAUUUUGCAUUAAACGUGCAUCUACCUAGUGAGCAGAA